CCAGAUCGUGGUCGAUCCUAAUACCAACGACAGCACAAAAUGCGUAAUUUGAAUAGCUUCCAGUAGGCGUCACCUGACUUUGAGUGUUUUACGUUCUGCCGUGAAUUGCCAUGUUGUUAUUCGGAAGGCGGUAAGCAUUGGUUUUGCUUCUUGUCUGUGUUUGGUGUCGGAUGCUGCGUUUGCUACUACGACGAUGAAUCUGAAGAUCAAAGGCAAGAACGCAUGUGCCAGCACUGCAAGGAUCGACGUUCCUGCGUGCACAACCUUGAGCAAGAUCUUGUAUCGUCAAGACCCAGUAGGCAGGACGCCAUCGCCAAGAUCGAGAAGGUCCGCGAGCACGUCAACAACGUGGGGAAGCCAUUUGCCCAGAGACUGGACCUAGUCAAGUGCCACUAUAUCUUCGGGAUGCAAGAGAUAGAUACCUCUGCUGUCGAAGACGUGAAGCAGCUCCUGUCGGGCGGGGAGCUUGGGAGCUGCUACAACAGCGAGGAAGGCACGCUCAACAUGUCUUUGCGGACAGAUAGGAUGAAACGAUAUGUGAUACGAGACCUGAGGAUGAAGAGCCUGCCUCGCUGGAUCUCCAAGCUCGGCGUCGCUUUUAAAGUCAUCGACGUGUCCGGUAACCCCAGCCUCUCCCGCCUUCCCUUGGACGAGCUCUGCAGCAUGGAGUCUAGCCUGCAGGAGGUCAGGUGUGAGAGCUGCGUCAGCCUGCAGCUGCCUCCCCCUGAGAUCGCCAGUCAGGGAGGG